AUGCGAAACCGUCCGAAUAUUCUCGUGACGGGAACCCCAGGCGUGGGCAAAACAACGUUCUGUCGCCAACUUGCCCAGGAGACGGGGAUGGAACACGUGAAUGUGGGGCAGCUUAUUAAGGACGAGCGAUUGUUCACUGAAUGGGAUGACGAAAAAAACUGUAGCAUUUUUGAUGAGGACUUGGUGGUGAAUAAGCUCGAGGAUAUUGUCUGUGAUGGUAAUAAAAUUGUUGACUUCCACUCGUGCGACUUCAUGCCAGAUGAGUGGUUUGACUUCGUGUACGUCCUGCGAGCCGAUACUGCCGUCCUUUACGACCGCCUUGAGAAGCGCCAUUAUAAGGAGGAUAAAAUCCGGGAAAACGUGGAGUGCGAAAUCUUCAGAGUGUUGCUUGACGAAGCUAUCGAGGCCUUUGGUGAGGACAAAGUGAAAGAACUACAAAGCAAUAAUUUCAGCGACCUUACUGACAAUGUUUCCACGGUCACGACUUCCGUGAAACUGUGGUCCCCGGCAUAG